AUGAAUCCAAUUGCUUCGUUUUCAUCAGCAGAUGUAUAUCAUCAAGGGAAUAGAGAAAAUAAUGAAUCGGUAAACCAUAAAACUGCAGCACAUAUGUACACUUGGAACUGUUUAAGUUCACUUGGUAAUAGUAAUGCUAGACCUCAUACCAGUGUAAAUUCUAGUCAGUGUCAUUCUCAGACAAGAAAAUCGUUUAGUAUCACCAAGCAGCUCAUAUGUAAUGUGGAUACUAAUUAUGAAGCUGAAGAUGAAUGUGAAGAUACUACUAGUGAUGAUCGUAUUUAUCCAAAAACUUCAUCUUUUACAAAACGAAGGUAUAGAACUCAUCUUCGUCCAAAUAUAAGAAGUAAUCACUUAUCAAAUCCAAUCACCGUAUCCCAAAGUUCAAGUUCUACCUCAGAUGUGGACACUAUUGAUCAUGAGGCAUGCCUAAAUAACGGUUUUCUUCAUUCUCGUAGAGUUUCUAAACGAAGUAAUUUACUGUCCAGUAAUUCUAUGUUGUCCACUUCUUCCUCGUCAUCAUAUGUGUCAUCCAAUGAUAUAAAUUUUGCGAAUCCUUUGAACGAUUGGCCAUCAUGGGUUGUACCGUGUAAAGAAUGUGUUGUAUGUUGGCAGAAAUUCCGUUUAGGUGUACGCCUAAGUGCACUUCCAUGUGGACAUGGUUUUCAUGAACAUUGCAUUCGAAAGUGGUUAGAUACUGGUGCAUUUGAAUGUCCUGUCUGUCGGUGGCCAGCGUACGCACCUCAUUUACGACAGCAAUGUCAAAUGAUUGAACAGUUGAUUAGUGCCGUUCAAAAUACUAUCGAUUUUGCAAAAAGUUCUAAUAACAGAAAUUAG